AUGACCAAUACAACACUAACAAUCAAGGACCAAACAGCAGCUUUGGCAUAUGCUUCGACCUUGCCUGUGUUCAAUCAUCAGAGAGGCAGCUAUAUGGUUGUCUCUGGUUCGUCAAUGACUACCAACCAACCAUUGAGAGGAUUAGAAUCUGCGCAACCACCAGAUUCUGUGACGCUGAACCCUCGGAUUGGCAUGACUGUGGAGGGCGGUAAACUAAAUCUGGCUCAAACUCUACAUCACUACUACCGCAAACAUAUUCACUGUCCUCAUCACGGACCUGUCAAUGGAAGACCUGGUCACCAUCGUACGACCAGGAAAGUACAUGAGACUGGCAUAGUGUAUCGUGGAUGGUUCUGCACAUCACAGCUCAAGGGAGAAGGUCACCGUGUUGGCAACACAGACUACAUUGAAUUAGCCAUAGCACAGUUGGAUCGAGCACUGUUUGAUCAGAUUCUCCAUGAAAUCAUCCGCCAGCUCCGCUCCAGAAACUGCCAGCCAGUUGCCCGCCACCUCUCGCCUCAGCCUGAUGACUUCGACUACCAUGCCCUGUUACGAUAUGUUAAUUGGCAAAGAGUGGACAAGACAGUGUUCAAGGAGAUUUUGCUCGACUGA